ACACUUUUCAUAUCCAGACAAAAAGAUUCCUUAAGAAUCUUCAACCGACUUUGCAGCACUUCACUUCCACCUAAAAUGGCGGCCUCCGCUCUCAAAAUCGCUCUAACCAACCCUUCCCCAGACGCCGCCGCUCCGUGUCGUUACCCCGCCGGCACAAUCAGAAUCUCAGCGUUGUCAAAUACCACCAAAGCUCAUCCUCUCUCUUUCUCUCAAUCUUCAACCAACUACGAAGCAACUAGAUUAAGACCCGCUAGGGCAUUCGGAACGAAUCGGGUAUCCGGAUCAGCUGAUCCCGCAUUCGACGUAGUCAUCGUCGGAGCGGGCAUUAUCGGGUUGACCAUAGCCCGUCAGUUCCUCCUCGGAUCCAACCUAUCCGUCGCCGUCGUCGACGCCGCCGUUCCCUGCACCGGCGCCACUGGCGCAGGGCAAGGAUACAUAUGGAGGGUUCACAAAAUUCCGGGGAGUGAUAAAUGGGAAUUGGCGAUGAGAAGCCAUCAAUUAUGGGAGGAGAUGGCGGAGAGCAUCACGAAUCAAGGCAUGGAUCCUUUGCUGGAGCUUGGCUGGAAGAAGACAGGAAGCAUGCUAGUUGGACGGACCGAAGAAGAUUGUUUGGCGUUGAGGAAGAAGGUAGAGAACCUUGUUGAUGUUGGUCUUGGUGCCAAGUUUUUAUCUAGUGAUGAAUUGAUGGCAGUGGAACCCAGCCUUAAUCUUGGAAAGGAAGGUGGUGCAGCUUUUAUGCCUGAUGACUGCCAAAUAGAUGCUCGUCGUGCUGUUGCAUUUAUUGAAAAGGCUAACCGGGCCUUUGCAGCUGAAGGGAGAUAUGCGGAGUUUUUUUAUGAGCCAGUAACUGGUUUAUUGCGGUCUGAGAGUAGUGGAGAAGUUGAGGCAGUUCAAACUUCUAAGACUACAUUGCGUAGUAAGAAAGCUGUUAUUAUUGCAGCAGGCUCGUGGACUGGUCCUUUGAUGCAUGACAUUUUAAAGGAUUCAGAAAUUGAGCUAGAUUUCCCUGUAAAACCUCGUAAGGGUCAUCUGCUAGUUCUUGAGAAUUUCAAAUCUUUUAAAGUUAAUCACGGGCUUAUGGAAGCCGGAUAUGUCAAUCACGAAUCCGCAACCCUUAGUCCUACUACAGAUACGGGGAACAAAUCUGAUGCAAAUACUGCAUCUGUAUCGAUGACAGCUACAAUGGACAUGUCGGGAAGGCUUGUUCUCGGAAGCAGCCGCCAGCUUGUUGGGUUCGACACUGAGAUUGAUGAGUCCAUCAUCGAUCGGAUAUGGGAUAGGGCGAGUGAGUUCUUUCCUCAACUUAAACAAGCGUCACUGAGAGAGUUAAGCGAAAGCAGAGAAGUUAGAGUUGGCCUAAGACCUUAUAUGCCCGGAGGGAAGCCAGUGAUUGGACCUGUGCCUGGAUUACCGAAGACUUUUUUUGCUGCUGGACACGAAGGAGAAGGCCUCUCACUGGCUCUGGGAACCGCUGAAAUGAUUUUAAACAUGGUGUUGGAGAGUCCUCACAAGGUCAGUCCGGCACCCUUCUCUCUCUAGGUUGCUCUCUCUCUCUCUCCUGGAAGCAGAAGGAUAUACCAGUACCUUGUGAGUUCUGGAAAAGUAGAAAGAAAUAAUGGGAGUAAUGAAGUGAUUGAUGACUUUAUAUGAUGAUUGGGGUUACAAUGACAUGGUACUUCAGUUUAUGUUUAUUCAUGUACUAAUUCAUUUUUCCUUGUUAUUGUUACUUGUCUGACAUCUUCACAUUGUUAUGAUGCAAUACAAAAUUACAGUUAUAGCCA